GCAGGCUAGGGGGAGCGUCUCCCUCUCUCCCACUCCCUCUCUUCUUUUCUCUCUCUCUCCCUUUUUCUUCUGUGUGGGGACAAGUUUCCCACUCUGCUAAUGGAUGGCCUUGUGAGAUGUCAUUUGUCUCCUAGGCAAGACUCCAAAGUUAACUCAUGUUUACUGAGGAGCGCUGGUGUUUCUCGCGCUCUCUUUCCCACUACUUGUAAUUCUCACUCUGUUCCUGACUGUGGGCAAAGCUAGGACUUCACACUUUGACAAAACUACUUGCUCUCUCUUCCAGAACAAGGUCUGUGGUGUUGGCUGACGGGCCGUGCAAACGGGGCUUGUGAAGGGAUUCCACCGUGGUCGGCCGUAGUGUGUUGGUAGCCCUGCUAGCCCCCAGACAGCCCUGGCCAUGGGGCUGAUAGCGUACAUCAAGAGCCUGUUCAUCCUCCAGCUGCUCGUUGGCUUUGUGUUUGUGGUCAGCGGCCUCAUCAUCAACUUCAUCCAGCUCUGCACCUGCGCCCUAUGGCCCAUCAACAAGCAGCUCUACAGGAAGAUCAACACCCGCCUCUCCUACUCCCUCUGGAGCCAGCUGGUGAUGCUGCUGGAGUGGUGGUCAAGUACAGAAUGCACCAUAUUCACAGACCAGGCCACGGUGGACAAAUUUGGCAAGGAGCACGUCAUCAUCAUCCUCAACCACAACUACGAGAUCGACUUCCUCUGCGGCUGGACCAUGUGUGAACGCUACGGCGUGCUUGGAGCUUCAAAGGUCUUGGCCAAGUACGAACUGCUGAAGGUGCCUCUGAUUGGCUGGACAUGGUACUUCCUGGAGAUUGUAUUCUGUAAGAGGAAGUGGGAGGAGGACAGAGAUACCGUGUUCAAAGGCCUGACCCAGCUGAAGGAUUACCCUGAGUUUAUGUGGUUCCUAUUGUACUGUGAAGGCACCCGUUUCACACCGAAGAAGCAUGAGAUCAGUAUGGAGGUAGCAGAGAGUAAAGGUCUACCAAAACUCAAAUACCAUCUACUGCCCAGAACCAAAGGCUUCACCACAACACUGAGCUGUCUCAAAGGCACAGUAUCUGCUGUGUACGACGUGACACUAAAUUUCAGAGACAAGAAGGUCCCAACACUGCUGGGAAUCGUCAGUGGAAAGAAGUACAUGGCAGAUAUGAAUAUCACACGGUACCCAGUGGAGGAAAUCCCAGAGGACGAGAAGGAGUGUGCAACCUGGCUUCACAAGCUCUACCAGCGGAAGGAUGCACUGCAGGAGCACUAUGAGAAGGAGGGCAGUUUCCCCGGUCCCGCUAUCAAGCCCCCCCGUCGGCUGUGGACGCUGCUCAACUUCCUCUUCUGGGCCACCCUGCUUCUUACCCCCCUCCUCAACUUCGCCUGUGGGGUGUUUGUCAGUGGCUCUCCCCUCCUUAUCGUCGUCUUCUUGAUCUUCUGCAUUAUCGCCUCCAUAGCAGUGCGCCGCCUGAUCAGUGUAUCUGAGGUGAACAAAACCGGCUCUACUUACGGCAAAAUGGAGGGCAAAAAGGAAAACUAGAACUCUUUAUGGCAGUCACGUUACGGUCCCUCUACUGUCAACGCUCGGUGUCUGAGCGGUUGUUGCGGUCCCCGCACAGACAAACCCUGUGCAGCCACCCUCCUUAAAAAAUAAGUUAAAACUCAGCAGGAGGGUGGGGGGGAUAUAACUGAAUAGACUUUUUAGACGUAAGUUAAAAUAUUAAUUAUGAUGAUUGUGACACAGAACAAAAUUUUUAAUGGAAUUGUUGCAUUUGACUCCCAGUGAAUGCAUCCUUCCAGUGAGAGGGGGGUGACAGACAGCAGGACUGAAUGGUAAAUACCAGAGGGUGUAUCUCUCUAGCACCAAACGCUCCCUGCACCCCAGCUCGAGGCCCCCUGUCGGUCUCCUCCGCACAGCUUUGUGGUUAACCUCAGCCACAUGCUCCAGAACUUUCCUGUUUCAGCGGUACCACUUCCUCCAACAUGCACCCCACUUCCUGCCACAGCAGCCCACCCUAAAGAAGUGCUCUCCACCUAUCAAAUAUUCACCUUUUCUGCUUCAGUAUCUCUGACUGGGCCAGCCCAACGUCCCUCUGCAGUUUUAGCAAGGGGCUUUACUGUCUGGAAAAUACAGAUUCCCAGCAUGCUUUAGCUCCCCACCCUUAGCCCCAUGAAGGUUGGGUGUGGAGGUGAAGGAAUCUGAACACCUCUGAGCACAUCCUGUUAUUUGUUUGUCCGUCUCCUCAUGAAACUUGUGCUGAAUCCUGACACAAACGAGAUUAAGCAUGCUGCUACUCCUCCCGUCCUUCCCAGAAAAGCACAGACGUGAUGGCCAACCUCGCACCAAUAAAAUGCAGUAUUUAAUGUUAAUUUAAAGCCAGGUUUGGACCUGAGUUGAUUUCUGAAUUGCUUGUAGAUCCCAUAAAUACUGAUUCUUAUAAACAAUAAAACAAAUUAUCAUUUGGUUUCCAUUGAAUAUACAAAAGUGAUUGAAUGAUGGGAUUACAUUUAUUUCCCUACAGUACUCCGGAGUGAAUUGUUCAGAGGGUUUUGAAGAGCAUUUUUUUUGGCAAUGGUGGAUCAACAUCUAACACAAAUUAAUUGUAAAAUAGUUAGGCCUACCACCACACCCCGGUCCCUCGUCUAUUCGACCCCAUUAGUGUAUACAAUAUAAAAUAUGUAACCACAGUUUGAAUGCCUUUAGGCCCAUCAUAAGGUGACACAAAGCUAGCAGUCGUCCAGUGACCAAGAGCUGAGGACAACACCAUCACUAACACUGGCUGUCUCUACCAUCCAACUCGGCUGCCAGCAGAAUAGAUUCAUGCUUUUACAAAGAGCAGGUGAAGUGCACCACAGGCCAUUUGCAGAGUGGAUUUUCCCAUAUCCAUGAUUGGAUUUUACAGCAUUUAAGAAAAAUAAGCAUAACACUUUGUACAUGGCCAGUUAUUGGCAUUUUAAAAUGCUAUGCCCCUCCCACCCCCUAAAAUGAUCCCAAUAACAUAUUAUUAAAAAGUAGGCCUACAUGGCCCAUAUUAUCAGACAGGUGUGUUAUUUUAGCAAAAAGAUUGAUCACCUACAGUGUAUAAAACUGAUGAAGCAUAGUGGCUAUAUAUAGAUGGCUAAAGCUUGGGGUUAACCAUAUGCAUUAAUACCCCACUGGUCUAAUAAUUAGAUCAGAUUAGAUUAUCUUCUUGCUAGUUAGCCAGGUAUGUAUUGAUGAGCCCAGUAUGGGGCAGUUGGACAGUGGAGGAAGGAAAGCUGUUAGCAGCCUACUGAUUCAUCUGCUAUUGCUGCUCUUACUACUGUUUCUGCUGCUCCUGCUGUUGCUGUGUGGCUCCUACUGCUGUUGCUGCUGCUCAUAGUGCUGCUUCUUCUGCUGCUGCUGCUUGGAUCAGCAGAGUCAACAGAACCAGCAUAUCCAAACGAUGGAGCUGCUGGUCCAUCAUCAGCCACAGAAGGCAGGACAGAAGCCCAGGGUGGAGUUGGGCUCUGGCUUGGGCAGGGGCAUGGGAAGCCACAUGGGUACUGGGUGGUGGGCAAUGGUAUUUGCCUCUGGGUCCAUUGAUCAUGCCAGAGUGGUGGAAAGGGGCUCCAUCUGUUACGUGGAUAACCCGGGGACCAGGUAGGAUUGGGGCACCAGGUGACAGAGGUUUGGCGCCAGGUAGGACUUGCUAGGCAUGGGCACCAGAUGGCAGAUGGGUUCCAUGCUGACGCUGCUUCCGAAGGCCUGUCACCACUUCUUCCAAUUCUGACCACCAUCUGAUUGGCUCAAACUACUUGAGCAUGGUGUUAACACUAAAACUGUUGCCUACCUCUAGUUUUCACAGAGGGUAAUGUUUGACAAGGGUCUCUAAGUAAAUCAUAUGAUUAAAAGGCAAAUUAACCACU